GGUAUUGUGGGUAAAACUUUCUUUCUAUGUAAUUCUUGGAAGAGGGUUUACAGCUUCGCAAUGCAAAGCGAUUCUAUACAAUAAUAGAGUUAGUAUAUGGUCCAGUAGGAAAUGCAGUGUACUGCUCUCACAAAAUGGCUACAAUGAUGGAUCUUGCUCAUGAACUAGAAGAUACAAUUCUAUAUGAAAUUAGUGAACUGUUAGGUGAUGAUGUCAACAAAGUGUUCAUCCAUCUUGGUUUUGAAAUGCCAUUUAUCCAGACCAGGCGAAUGAGUAGUCCACAUAAUGCUGCAGAGUGGAUCUUCCAACUAUUUGUGACAUGGAAACAAAAACAGCACGUGGAUACAAACAAAAAAGAAGAACUAGUUAAAGCGCUGAAGCAUGUAGAACGCCAUGACCUUGUAAAAAGAGUGAACGCCAAAAAAUCAGAGUCACAAGCACUUACUGCAGAGAGAAGUCGAAGUCUUACAUUUAGCUGUUUAUUACUUGAUGUAAUUCUCAACCUAUUGAAAACCCACAUUGAAACAAGAAUGAAUGAGGUCUUUGGACAUUUUAUAGAAACAGGGGACGUUUCAACACUCCAAGAAAUACUUGCAGAUGCUAAAUAUGAUUGUGAACGGUAUCCUCCUGAAAAAAUGUCAUCACUUGAGGAACUGGCAAACAGUUUUCUUGAGCCACAUAACAGAUUUGCAGGGAAAAUACAAUCAAUCACAAACCUACAUGUCUUUCUACACUUAAUUCUGCAUGUGCCAAAAGUUAAUGCGUCACUCCAUAAACCUGAUUUAUUAAUCGUCUUAACAAAAUAUAUUAAACAAAUUGCCACCUCUUGGGGACAUAGUUCUGGAAUGACUGUAAAGGAUUUCCAACAAAACAUUACGAAACUUAAGAUGAUAAUCAGGAUAAUUGCAUGGGAUAAUGAUGCAUUAAGAGCGAGAACACUGAAGAUGUUAGACAUGUGGCAGCAAAAAGGGGAGAUCUUCACAAACAUCAAUGAAAUAACAGAUAGACGUAUGAUCGAGUUAGCUGUUGAAUCUUGGGAUACCUAUACAAAAGUGGUUGGCUCAAAAGUGGAAGAAUUCAAAGAAGAAACGCAAGAUAUGAAAAAUCUAAUUGAUACAUUUGAGAACAAGAACAGAAUCAAGGAACAAGUAGACAGACUUUCUAGCAAAGUUGAAGAACAUGAUGAACAAAUUAGAGAAAACAAGGACAACAUAAGCUUAUUAAGUACACAAAUUGAAGGAAUAAAGACGUGUUUACCAACUGAUGAAAGGUCGGUCGGUCGCAAACAGAUAAUGCCACCCACAGCAUCAGAUAAAGAGCAACCAACAAUUGAUUCUACUCGACAAAUACACAUGCAACCCACAAAUGAUGACCCACAGCCAACAAGCCCAACAAGACAAUUAACCACGCUUCCCAGAAAUGAUAAGCAGCAGUCAUUAAUUAGUAAACACAAGAAUCAGACUCAAGAGGGAAUAAAAUGUGGAAAAGAUAUAAGCGGCAUUAGCUGUGAGGAUGUUGUGAAAAUGGCAGAUAGACAAAUAAGACAGAACAGUAUUGAUCUUAGGCAAAAUAGUGAAGAUUUAGAAAACAGCAAUCAGCUAUUGAAGUUAUUGAAAGAUGUAAUUGAGCAACAUGAAAAGACAAUUAAGAAACAACAAGAUGAAAUAGAUUCAGACAAGGAGACAAUAUCCAAUAAUGUCAAAGAAAUCAAAAGAAGAGGUCAACAUAUACAGCAGCUCAUGAAUGAUAGCAGCAAGUCCAAGGAAGCACAUGAACAGGAAUUAAAAUUAGAACGUGAAAAGAUUGAAAAGCUGAAAAAGCAAAAUGAAGAAUUGGAAAACAAAUAUAAAUCAGAGUGCGAGCGUAAUGAACAGUUAAUAAAAGAAGUAGAAAGGUUUAAGCAAGAACUAAAAGACAAAAAUAAUUGAAGUUGUCACUAUUCAAUUGUAACUGCAAAGGAGUGGAGUUAGGAUCAUCAAAGAUGGUAGCCAAAAUUUGUUUGAUAUGAAUAAUACUUAGAUUUAAGCUAAACCAAGUAAAAUCAUGAUUUCAAAUACUUUGUCAUGCUAAUUUUUUAUAUGUCUCUGUGCUAACUAAUAAAGUUCCAGUUGUAAACAACUGCAGGAAAAUGAAGAAAAUAUCUCAAACAUCAGAGUUAAAACAGCUUCACAAUAGAUUGAUGUUUAUCCAAAUGACAUUUUUUGCAGUGACAAAACUGUGUUAGAAAGAAUAAAUUGUAAAUCUCCACUGAGUUGUGAGUUAAGUAUCAUCAUCCACUUGGGUUAGUGCCAUCCUAAGCAAAGCUGCUUUCUUUAAAGGAUUGGUAGUGAUAUGGUGAACUGAAUUCAACAUUGUUUUUCUCUUAAACCAAUUAUUGAAAACAUUCUGUAAAAAACAAAACUUUAUGUAAUGGUC